AUGACUUCCAACGUUCUGGUCACCGGUGCUACUGGUCUGCUCGGCCGUCAGGUCUUUGGCACUUUUCAACAUUCCGGCGUUUUGGUGGUCGGCCAGGGCUUCACCCGCGCAUCCCCACCAACCAUCCUCAGGGCCGAUUUGGAGAAGGAAGCAGACAUCAAGAAUAUCCUCACCGAAGUCAAACCUCAAAUUGUCAUUCAUUGUGCUGCCAAUAAAUCCCCGGAUCUUGUCGACAAAAACCCCGAUCAAGCACGCCAGGUCAAUGUCGAGGCAACUCGUAUCCUUGCCCGCGAAUGCCACGCUCGCGGAGCCCUACUGAUCUACAUUUCCACCGACUACGUUUUCCCCGGAGCGGAGGGCGAGGCUCCCUACGAGGUCGAUGCCGAGACUCGGCCCCCGAACCUAUACGGCGAGUUGAAGCGGGAUGGAGAGCAGGCCGUCCUCGAGGAGACCAAGGACUCCGGGCUUGGAAUCGUCCUCCGCGUCCCAGUGCUGUACGGAACCGCUCGGGAAAAUUCCGAGAGCGCAGUCAACACUCUGGUGGAUGCCGUGAUUAAAGCGCAGGAUGCGAAUGCGGGUGUCAAGAUGGACGAUUGGGCCCAGCGAUACCCCACUAACACGGAGGACGUGGCGCGAGUGACGCGCGAUAUUGUCAUCAAGUACCUGAAGGACAAGCCGCGGAUCAAAGAGCUCCCUCAUAUCCUGCAGUUCUCGUCGGAGGAUCGUAUGACCAAAUAUGAGAUCUGUGAGAAGAUCGCCGAGGUGAUGGGAGUUCCGCUUCCGGGGAUGAUUCGCAACCAACAAGGCAAUGAUCCUAAUGCCGGUGUGCAGCGACCGUACGACACGCAUCUAUCGACCAAGGCACUGGUUGACCUGGGGAUCGACGUGCGGACCACCGAUUUUACAGCGUGGUGGUAA